AUGGCCGCGGUGGCAGCGCCGUUGGAGACUCGGACUCGAAGUAUGGCAUACGAUGCGAUAGGCAGCGAUAUGGAUGCCGAGGGUGACGAGGAGUCGGCAGAUGAGGUAAAUGCGGAAACACCAGCCGCAGGCGCAAAUGAGGAAGAUGAAGAGGAUGAAGAGGAAGACUCGGAUCCCAAUGUGGAGCCUGACAGCGAUGAGGAAGAAGAAGAGGAGGAAAUCGAUAUGAAACCCUCGGUCAGAAGUUCCGCAAGAAACCGAAAAAGAGCGAAGGAUGCGGAGAGUGAUGCGGAGGAACCUGCGUCAGAUGUGGAGGAGAGCAGUGCUGCGGAAGAUGAUGACUCAGACAAGGCCUCGAGUGAUGCAGAGUCGAUGGUCGCCGAACAAUGGGAGGCUGCGAGUGAGGGCGCAUCGGGUGCCUCGGUGGAAGUUGCGAAUCGCAACAACUGCGUGUUCUGCGGUAACGAUGAAGAAAACGACCCGAGCGAAGAUUUUGAAGAAUACAUGGCAUGCUCUGUUUGCGGAGAUAACUCCCACCGGCAAUGUGCCCGAGACGCCAAAUCUUUCAAGUCAACCGACGAUCCCUCAGAGUGGAGAUGUCCGGAAUGUAUUGACAAUGCUCUUGAACCUUCAACUCCUGGAGCUGCCUCACAGCGAAGGUCAUCAGCUACCAAGUUCACCAGAGACCUAUUGCCCCAAACGCGCGGAGGGUCAAGACCUGGCUCUCAUAAUGUCUUCAACAAUCUCAUUCUCGAUGACGACCCUUUGGACGGCUCUCGCUCAUUGCGAAAACGCAAAGCUUCAUCAGAACAACAAGAGGAUGAGCCCAAGAAACGAUCAAGGAAGAACAGCGUGUUAGCUAGAGAUUUAGAAUCCGCGGGCCUCAUCCCAGGUGGGCUUGCUGAGGACGAGGAUGAGGUCGACGAAGCUGAACAUGCAGACGACGCUGAUGCAAGCACCUCGGCUAGACCACCAAGGUCUUCGCGAUCUUCUAAGAGACGAAAGUCAGAAGAUAUCGGCCGUGGGUCUGCAUCGAUAGUCAAGAGAAGCACAGAAAGUAUCGUGGUGUCUUUUCAUUUGAACCCAGCACAGCUUGCCGCUCGGCUUGAACCAAAAUCCAAAAAGAAAAAACCACGCCCGCGAGAGUCAACCACUGAAGUCCAACGGGAGCGUGAGCGCCCAGCACCUGUAAUCUCCACCCACUAUGCAACACCCUUUUACGCCUUCCAUGAACGUGAGAAUGAUGAGCUGAAAUCCAAACCAUACGGUGGUGUUUUAUCCGAAGCUGACGCUGACACUUCAAAAACCCUGCCCUUGCAAGCUGAUCGGGCAAAAUUUAAUGAAGCUCGUCAAAAAGCUGAAGACGAUUGGAAACAGAAGCUUGCAGCUUCUGAAGCCGAGGGCGAAACAAAGGCCCGAACACAAAAAUUGGCGGGGCCGCCAAGCAAGAUCAAAUGCGUCAACUUUGGUGGAUAUGAGAUAGAGACCUGGUAUGCUGCGCCAUAUCCAGAGGAAUACAGUCGAAAUCGCGUGCUAUACAUUUGCGAGUUUUGUCUGAAGUACAUGAAUUCGGAUUUUGUUGCAUGGCGGCACAAGCUGAAAUGCCCCGCGAAGCAUCCUCCCGGGGAUGAGAUCUACCGAGACGGCUCUAUAUCCGUCUUCGAAGUCGACGGCCGCAAAAACCCGGUCUAUUGCCAGAAUCUCUGUCUGCUCGCCAAACUCUUCCUAGGAUCCAAGACUCUUUACUACGACGUGGAGCCAUUCCUCUUCUAUGUCAUGACUGAGUACGAUGAAUAUGGUUGUCAUUUUGUCGGCUACUUUUCCAAGGAAAAGCGGCCCAGUAGCCUUAACAACGUAUCCUGCAUCCUGACACUUCCUAUACACCAGCGCAAAGGAUAUGGCAAUCUCCUCAUCAGCUUUUCUUACCUCCUCACUCUCGUGGAAGGCAAAACUGGAUCUCCAGAAAAGCCUCUCUCCGACAUGGGGUUGGUUUCCUACCGUAACUACUGGCGCCUCGUCCUCUCGUACGAGUUGGUCGACAAGAAGACACCAAUAAGCAUAGUUGAGCUUUCAAAGCGAACUGGCAUGACGGCCGACGACAUAGUCGCUGCAUUGGAAGGUCUAAGGGCGCUCGUCCGUGAUCCAACCACCCACUCGUAUGCCUUGAGGCUCGACCAUGACUACUUUCGGCAAUGCAUCGAGGAUUGGGAGAGCAAGCAGUACGUUAAUAUUAAUCGCGAUGCUUUAGUUUGGACCCCAUACAUUAUGGGCCGCAACAAUCUCGCGCACUACGACACUGCACCAGCGCUUCCUACUAUUGCGCCUAGAGAAGACGAAGAGGAGGAUAAGGGAGUAGCGCCAGAAGAGGGCGUUCAGCAGACUGCUAAGGCUGAUGCUCUGGCCGCUCACGCAGCCGCCAGCAAAGCUAUUGAGAGCGCGAUCGACGACGCGGACGACAGUCAACCGAAACUCAACGGAAAUGCCAGCGAUUCAUCCAAUGCAGCCGAUCAGAUGGACCCAACUCUUGCACAACUACACGCCCAGCUGGGCUCCACGCCUCAUUUAAAUCGUUCGUCACCCAAAAAUACACCCACCAAACCCAUACCACCAUCUCCGGGACCAAAUGGCAUCUCAAAUACACCAUCUCUGCAAUCCACUCCCUCUAUCCCACCCACCCGAUACGAAGUGUUCCCUCCAAUCCCUGGCACGGCCCGUCCGCGACGGGGUGGAUGGCGAGGAGGUCCACGCAAGUCUGCACUAAACGGUGCAACUACCCCGAGUGCCACACCUACUAUGAGAAGGGCUGCCACUGGCUUGGGGAUCGGCAAGGGUAAAUCCGCAACCCCAGGCACACUGGGCCGCCAGAAUCGAGCGGCAUCUGCUACGCCUCGGCGGACGAGACAUAGCGACGAGGUCAAGAAAGCCCAAGAAGCUGAAUCAGAAGAAGAAGAGGAAGAUGAAGAGGAGGAAGCCACAAAAGGUGGCGUCGAGAUUGAUGCACCAGGCGACAAGGAAGUAGAUGGCGAAGAAGAGGACGACGAAAAAGAUGCAGAAGGUGACGAGGAUAUGGAAGAUGCGGAAGGUGAAGAGGUGUCUCAGGCUGAAGAGGCCGAGGAGGCAGCCGCUGAUGCAGACUUCGACGUCGAAGACGUAGAAGAGAGCGAGGCCGAAAGCGAGGAAGAUGAUGCGAUGGAGGACUAA